UUGUUUUUUUUUACUUUUAUUUUCAGACAUUUAUUUACACUUUUUCUUCUUUGCUGACAGUCUCUUCUAUUAUUACUCAAAGUCAUUUGGUGGUAGCUGCCUUUUUUAUUCUCAAAAACACCCUUUGCUUUUGCAAUAGACGAAGAGGAGGAGGUGUUCUCCCCUAUUUUUGCUUCUUUUGGUUUUCUUCUUUUUACAUUUUCAAAACAAAGAACUGACCGGUGAUUAAACAACAGAAACAAUCUAUAUUUGAGAAUUUUCUCUUCCCUUUUUUGUACCAAAAAUCACCCCAAAAACUCCAAAAAUAAAAAUGGUUGUAGAAGAUUUGGCCUUGUUCCAGUUGGACAUUUUUUGGACAAUUAUUGUUGGUUUCUUGAUCGCAUUUGUUCUAGCCUUUGCAAUUGGAGCUAAUGAUACGGCCAACUCGUUUGGUACAAGCGUUGGAAGCCGUGUCCUCACCCUUCAACAAGCCUAUUUGCUCGCUUCUUUAUUUGAAACCUUGGGCGCCGCUUUGCUUGGAUAUCAAGUGACGGACACAAUGAGGAAAGGAGUCGUGGAUUUGGCAAUUUAUGAAGGAAGAGAAAAAGAAUUGGUUUUGGGACAAAUUGCAGUGUUGACGGGUUGUGGAGCUUGGCUUCUAAUUGCUACAUUCUUCAAAAUGCCUGUUUCUACAACUCAUUCAAUUGUUGGGGCGACAAUCGGGUAUUCAAUUUUACUUCAUGGAACUGAUGGUAUUAGAUGGUCAAAAGUUACAAAAAUAUUUGCCUCAUGGUUUGUUUCUCCAAUACUUUCUGGUUGUGUGUCAUCACUCUUCUUUUUAUUCAUCGAUCAUGCUGUUCUUCGAAGGAAUCGUCCAUUACAUUGUGGAUUAAUUUUGUUGCCAUUUCUCUAUUUUUUGUGUAUUUCUGUAAAUGUGUUUGCUGUUACUUUUGAAGGCUCUCAUUAUAUUGGAUUAGAUAAAUGGCCACUUUGGGCAGUUUUGUCGCUAAGUUUUGGUAUUGGACUUAUUGCUGCUCUAAUUACUCGUUUCUUUGUUGUUGAGAGGUUAAAAAAUUAUAUUUUAGUCAACACAUCAGAUGGCGAAGAACAAAUUAAAGUUGUUAGUAGUGUCAACAAUUCUAAUUCAGAAACAACAAGAAAUUCAUCAAAUUAUCGAAGAAUAUCAGAACCUGUCAGUAAUAAUGGAACAACAACAGAAAAAUCAGAAACAACAUUAUUAACACAAAAAUCAACUUCAGAAAAAUCAAAAAUUGAGGGAAAUGGGCAAGAAAUGUUACAAAAUAAUCAAAAUGGAUCUCUAGGAAAUGCUUCAAUAAGGCCAGCAUCAUCUUUACUAAGUUUUUUUCGUUCUUCAAAACCUGAGGAUCCAUAUGCUUCUCGUCUUUUUACUUUUUUACAAGUUUUGACUGCCUGUUUUUCUGGUUUUGCUCAUGGUGGUAAUGAUGUUAGUAAUGCAAUAGCUCCGUUAGUAUCCUUGUAUGCAAUUUAUGAUGAAGGAAGUGUACAUCAAUCAAAACAUACUUCAAUUUAUUUACUUUUGUAUGGAGCUGCUGGAAUGUGUGUUGGUCUUUGGCUACUUGGACAUAGGGUAAUCUACACAGUCGGUGAAAAUUUAACAAGAAUAACACCGCCCGGAGGUUUUGCAAUAGAAUUUGGUGCAGCAAUAACAGUUUUAUUUGCAUCAAAAUUGGGUUUACCAAUAAGUUCAACACAAUGUAAAGUUGGUAGUGUUGUUGCUGUUGGUUUAGUACAAGCACAUCCAGUUGUUCAUUGGUCUGUUUUUCGAAAUAUUUCAUUGUCUUGGCUAGUUACUUUACCUAUUGCUGGGUUAAUGAGUGCUGGUGUUAUGUUUUUGCUCAAAAUGAUUGCUCUUUAAAAUGAAGAUGUUGGAGAAUAUGAAGAGAAGUUUUUGUUUAAUUUAAAUAAGAAAAUAUGUAAUAAUGUUUGCCGUAAAAUGUCCUAAUAGAAGAACCCUGGGCUUUUUAUUUUUUUAAUGUAACUCAUAGUGGGGACAUGUAAUAGGGCAUGGCUUCUAUUUGGGGCAUUAGAGAUCGGAAUUUUUGAAAAGCCUGGGCCUGUUCAUGGGUUCCUUGGUUUGAUUUAUUGACCUGGGCCUGUAGUUCAGCAAAAAUCCAGGCCCAAGAAAAACCCAGAAAGGUCAAAAAAAUGCCUGGACCUGGACUCUAAGCACAGGAAAAAUCCAGGCCCAAGCCCAUCUCUAGUGGGGAUGGGCCUUUAUUUUUCAAUGGGUUCACAUUUAAUGGAUCUCUAUUUGGGACAUUUACGGUAUAUUUAUAAUUUAAUUUUUAAAAAGCAUUUUAUAUUAAAGUGGCAAUCAAUCGAAUAAUAAUAUUAAUUUUUUGAUAAGCUUUUUUUGUCCACAUAUAAAUUUUGUUUUUAAUUUUGCCUUUAAAAAAGGGGAUCGUGUUUUUAUUGUUAGUUAAUAGUAAGGCUAGGGGGGGGGGGGGAUUUUCCUCUGUACUAAAAAUAACAAGAUUUUGAGUCAAAACAUUUUUGGAAAUUUACUGGACUAAUCGUUUGGAUUAUAGAAUUUUGGAUUAUAUAAUCUUGUCUCCUAGCAAAAAAUUUUUAGGUCAAAGAGAGAAUUCUUGAAAAAAAAACACGAUUUUUAAAGAGAGUUGCUUUAAAGAAUAAUUUUUUGUUGAUAAAAAUAGGUUUUGAAAGCAACUCUAAAAAUAAUAUUCUUUUUUUUUUAUAAUUUUCCUUUUUUUAAUUGUUAUACUUUCUGUUUUUGUAUUUUUAGAUGUUUUUUUUGUUUGCUUUAUUUUUGCCAAAUUUUAUUUUAAUUAUAAUUUUAAAUUGAAAUCAGAGUUGAAAAAUAAAAUUUAUUCGGGUGUUUCU